AAGUUCUCAUAUGGUAAACCCCGUCCACAUCCUCUACACGAACUCUUCCAGCAGUAACAACCCUAGAACUUCCGCGCUCUCCUUUUCCCACCGCUGAGGUAAAGCCAUAUCUGGCUCAUAUGAGGCGCGUCUUCGACGAGAUAUCUGAUGAAGAGUGGGAGAACCACUCUUUUAACCCCUCGAAGGUUCUCAAGAAGGGGAGGACAUCUCAUCCGUCGAUUGAAUCUUUCGCAUAUCUUCCUCAACGUAAUGGUAACUCAAACCAGAAAGGCAUCGUUUCUACGAACGUGGUGAUUUUGGUGGAUGACGCCGAUGAAGAGAAAGAGGUGGAAAAGGAGGAGGCGGUACAGGAAGCAACUUGGAGAACGCGGAGCAACCGUGGUCGGCGGUACGUUGUGAAUGAGGACAGCGAUCCCGAGGCUUGGGAUGAUGUGAUUGAAGUCCGUUCGAGGGAGGAGGACGAAGAAGAGUUUUCGUUUGGUUCAGAGGAGGAAGGGGAGGAAGACGAAAAGAAAUGGGAUGAGGAGGAAUUUGAUGUAGUCGGCAAGGCCUUGCACAAGUGCGCUAAGAUAUCGGCGGAUUUGAGGCGAGAGCUGUAUGGUUCCUCUGUUUCAUCUUGUGAUAGGUAUGCGGAGGUGGAGGCUUCUUCUGUCAGGAUUGUUACUCAGGAAGAUAUUGAUGAAGCCUGCGCAAAUGAAGAUUCUGGCUUUGAUCCGAAUCUGAAGCCUUAUCAGCUUGUCGGCGUAAAUUUUCUCUUGUUGUUAUACAGGAAGAAAAUUGGCGGAGCCAUUUUGGCAGAUGAAAUGGGGCUUGGUAAAACCGUGCAGGCUGUUACAUACUUAACUUUGCUGAAGCACCUAAAUGAUGAUCCUGGUCCCCAUCUGAUUGUAUGCCCAGCUUCUGUGUUAGAAAAUUGGGAGAGAGAAUUGAAAAGGUGGUGCCCAUCGUUUUCUGUCAUCUUAUUCCAUGGAGCUGGAAGAGCAAUCUAUUCAAAAGAAUUGAGUUCUAUGGGCAAAGCUGGUUUGCCGCCACCAUUUAAUGUGCUACUUUCAUGUUAUUCACUUUUUGAAAGACGCAGUUCACAGCAGAAAGAUGACCGUAAGGUGUUGAAACGGUGGCAAUGGAGCUGCAUAAUUUUAGAUGAAGCCCAUGUUAUGAAAGAUAAAAGUAGUUAUCGUUGGAAAAAUCUUAUGUCAGUUGCGAAAGGUGCUCGCCAGCGUCUAAUGUUGACUGGAACACCUCUUCAAAAUGAUUUGCAUGAGUUGUGGUCUUUGUUGGAAUUUAUGAUGCCUGAUAUUUUUACAACUGGAGAUAUUGACUUGAAAAAGCUGCUGAAUGUGGAAGACACCAGUCUAAUUCCACGUAUCAAAUCUAUUCUUGGUCCAUUCAUUCUUCGCCGUGUAAAAUCUGAUGUAAUGCAGCAGCUUGUACCUAAAAUACAACAUGUUGAGUAUGUUGUAAUGGGAAAGGAACAAUCUGCAGCAUACAAUGAUGCCAUAAAUGAUUAUCGUGCAACUUCUGAAUCUCGUACCGUUAAAUCUUCAUUCAGGAUGCCCAAUGAUGUUUGCUGUCCCUUUUCAAGCCGUCAGAUAUCCAAUUAUUUUAUGCAAUUUCGUAAGAUCGCCAAUCAUCCCCUACUUGUUCGACGUAUUUAUCGUGAUGAAGAUGUUGUUCGUAUUGCUAAAGUUUUGUAUCCAAAGGGUGUAUUUGGCUUUGAGUGUACUUUAGAGAGAGCAAUUCAAGAAAUAAAUGGCUACAAUGAUUUUUCCAUUCAUAAGCUUUUAUUAUUGAAUUGUGAUUGGGGCGCCAAGGAUAUUCUUACAAAUGAACAUGUUCUGGGAUCAGCAAAAUGUCAGGUAUUAGCAGAGCUUCUGCCGCGUUUAAGCAUUGGAGGCCAUAGGGUUCUUAUUUUCAGUCAAUGGACAACAAUGCUGGACAUACUUGAGUGGGCAUUGGAGGUAAUAGGAGUCACAUACCGACGUCUUGAUGGAAGUACUCAAGUGACCGAGAGGCAGACCAUUGUGGACACUUUCAACAAUGAUCCUUCUAUCUUUGCAUGUUUGCUUUCCACAAGGGCCGGAGGGCAGGGUCUAAACUUAGUUGGAGCUGAUACGGUUAUUAUACAUGACAUGGAUUUUAACCCCCAAAUGGAUCGUCAAGCUGAAGAUAGGUGUCAUCGCAUAGGACAAGCUAAGCCCGUUACGAUUUACCGGCUUGUGACUAAAGGCACUGUUGAUGAGAACAUAUAUGAAAUUGCCAGGCGGAAGCUGAUAUUGGAUGCUGCUGUUCUGGAUUCACGGACAGAAUUGGAAAACGGAAAUGAUCUCCCUCAAAAGACUAUGGGAGAGAUAUUGUCAUCCCUUCUUUUAGUGUGAGCUUGGUUGUGCAGAAUAGGAGAAGGUAAGCAAAAUUUUUGCAUCCAUCAUACUUCCAUAUACAUUCUCAGUUGAACAGUUGAAAUUCAAAAUUACUUGUGGGUUUACAUUCACAAGUACCUCCAUGGGCUGCUAUGAUUCUCUCCGGUCAGCUGUAAUUUUGUUUUUAUUUUAUUUUUUAUUUUUUUUUAUAAAAGAGUUAAUGACAGGAGAUACAGAUUACAGCCCAAUUUUUCUGCAAAUCAAGGUUUACAAAAUUUUUGUUAACAUUGUACGAUUAGAAUAUAAGAAGUUCCCAGAGAUAUAGGUAAGCAUAGCCGAUUAGUGCAAUGCUGCAAAUCUCGACAUUCAGUUUCAAAAUUAAUGAAAUCCACAUCCAUGGUCU